UCCUGCUAUUGUUCGUUGGUUGAAAUUUCUAGUGGAGAAUGGCAAUUAGCGCCUCGCUCGUUCGAGUUUCAUCAUUGAAGCUCUCUUCAGUCUCUCAUGGUCAUGAUUUCUCACCUUCGUCGAAGUCGUCGUCCUUCAUGGGCGUGCCACUUAAUUUUCUUCCCUCUUUCCGCUCUGGGAAACAAAAGCAGUUUCAUGACAAUCUUGUCGUUGUAUCGAAGAGGACGUCGGGUCUGGAGGAAGCCUUGAGAAAUUUGAGAGAGCAAAAGCUUGAAACUGUGAGAAAAGUUAGAAAGAUACCACCAUUGAGGCGUGGGAAAGUAUCUCCACGUCUCCCUGUCCCUGAACACAUUCAAAAACCUCCUUAUGUUGGUUCUUCUAUACUGCCAGAAAUUUCAAGUGAGUAUCAAAUGCAUGAUUCUGAAGGAAUUGCUCAAAUGAGGGCUGCAUGUCAGCUUGCCGCUCGUGUGUUAGACUAUGCUGGAACUCUAGUUAGGCCGUCAGUAACAACAAAUGAAAUUGACAAAGCAGUGCAUCAGAUGAUUAUUGAUGCUGGUGCUUAUCCAUCACCUCUUGGCUACGGGGGAUUUCCAAAGAGUGUUUGCACAUCAGUUAAUGAGUGCAUGUGUCACGGAAUACCAGACUCUCGUCAAUUACAGAAUGGUGAUAUAAUAAACAUUGAUGUGACGGUCUACCUAAAUGGAUAUCAUGGAGACACAUCGAAGACAUAUUUUUGUGGAGAUGUAAGUGACGGAAUGAGGCGUCUAGUGAAGGUUACAGAGGAAUGUCUCGAGAGAGGUAUUGCUGUAUGCAAGGAUGGUGCUAGUUUUAAGAAAAUUGGGAAGAGAAUCAGUGAGCAUGCUGAAAAAUAUGGCUUUGGGGUGGUGGAGCGUUUUGUUGGGCAUGGUGUGGGAUCUGUAUUUCACUCUGAACCACUUAUAUAUCACCACCGCAAUGAGGAACCUGGACAUAUGGUCGAAGGUCAAACUUUUACAAUUGAACCAAUUCUUACGAUGGGAGGCAUUGACUGCAUAACAUGGCCAGACAACUGGACCACUUUAACAGCUGAUGGUAGUCCAGCUGCUCAGUUUGAGCACACUAUUUUGAUAACUAGAAGGGGAGCUGAAAUUUUGACCAUCCAUUGACAUUUCAUGUAUAUACGCAAGGAAUGUAUGCAGCUUCGUUUACCAUUUUUAUUGACCAGUGAUGUAUCUCAAUUUGUUGCAUCCAAAUGUAGAAAUGUUGAGUAGAUAGGAGUGGUUGAAUAUUGUUUGAAGUCAUCGCGCCCCUUGGUGUUCUUGGUGACACUUAUGAAGGAGUGAGUGGAGAGCGUUUUUCUACAUUAGAUAAAUAAGUUCGGAGACAAGAUUAU